AUUAAGAAUAUUUGAAUAAAUUGCAAUAUUUGUGACAUUAUUCAAAAAGAAUAUUUAUCAAUUUUUCAAUAAUUUUGUUGUAUUGAUGCUGAUCACAUGAGAGCGAUAAUUCAGUGUCGUGUAUAACCUUUCAUUCGAAACGAAUUAAUUUAUCACUAUUCAUUUAUUUUUUUGUUUACACAUCCUAAUGAUAGUUCAUCAAAUCGAAAGUUGUUUCCUUUAUAUUUUGACGCUGAACCAAAAGACAAAAAAGCCGUUCGAUUUCUGAUGCGGUUUUUGUUUAUUUAAAUAAAAUUGAUUUGGAUGGAUUCGAUUUGAAAUUGAUCAAUUAAAAAGGUAUGUAAAUGAUAAACUUGUUCAUAAACGCAACCAAUAUUUCUUAGCCAAAACCCCCGCCAAAUCGAAUGUAUUUUCGUCGAAACUCUUCCUAACGAAAUGAAUGUGUAACGGAAAUUAUGCAUUAAAUCAUUCGACUAAACCAGUGUGUGGUUGUUGUUUAUAUAUAGUUAAAUUCUUGUGACGCCCGCUGGAAAAAAGAUCAUGACAAAAAAGUGUAAAAAUUAUCACAAUGUCUUUUUAAGCAAUUCGUUGCAAGACGGUCAAUAUUGCGUUCUAUAGACUAUUCGAGUAGCGAGAGAGAGAGAGAGAGAGAGCGACAAAGAUAGAGAACGAUACAUUUAUCUAAAACAAUCGUAGUUGCGACAACUGUAUUUUGCGAUUCCGCAUCAUCAAGUGGCUCAUCACUUUUUCCAUCAUCUAAUCAGACAACUGGUGUGUGCUCGUUGCGCCACUGAUUGUGUAUAUGUGUUUCUUCUUAUUGUCACGAAUACAGAAAAAACAAUCAUAAUAAUAAUAAUAACAAUAAAAAAAAAGAGUAUAUAAAAAGGGAAGAAGAGUAAGAAACAGGAAGACGAACAAUCAUUAUAUUAAUUUUGUGAAUGCGAUUUGUGUACCAACCGAUUAUCUAUGUGUAAAACGUUUUAAUUCAAUCUUAAAGGAACGUUUAAGUGCUAAAAAGAAAUACGUAUACUGUUUUUGCUUAUAUUGUGCUGGAAAGUAGCGAUCUGGGGACCAUUACGAGCAAGACGUAAACAGACAAAAAAUAUCCCCCGAUUUUUUAAUUGACAUUUGACUAGUGGAUAGUUCAGACGAUUUCGGUGUGCCUUUAUAAUGAUACCAAUUUGUGCUUUAUUUUUAUCGACUUUAAUCACUUUUAACUAUGCCAAAGCAAAUCCAAUUGGAACUGGUGGUCCAACAGUCGUGACUGAAGGUAAGGAUGCCUUGUUAACAUGCGUGAUAAUGGGAUCGUUUUCAAACGAUACUGUCUUAUGGCGUCGAGGAAAUAAUGAAAUUCUGGCAGCGGGCAGAAGUAGAGUGACUAGUGACAGACGUUUUCGAGUCUUACACGAUGAAUCACCGAAAGGAAAAAUGCAAAAUGCAUCCUCUGGUGGUGAUGUAUGGGUGCUUCUUAUUACGGAUACCAAAGCCACUGACUCCGAUCUAUAUGUGUGCGAAGUGAAUAGUGAUCCGCCGAUAAAAAGUUUUCACUCUUUAAAAGUUAAAUCAAUCAAUGCAACGAGUAAAUCAGUUGCAUCAAAAAAUACUUCUUCAGUUACAACAUCACCAAUUUCGGAUGAUUCCGGUGAAUCGGUCGAAUAUAUUCAUGAUUUUACCGAUUGUUGUACGUCGUCGAAUGUUUCAAGUAAAUGUUUGGGAUUUUGUAAGAUACACAACAUCAUCGAUGGAACGGCCGGCGUUGAGCCGGAUGUAUGCGAAACGGAUUUUCCUCUUAUUGUAAAAUGCAUGGCUGAUGGCCGAAAUCACUUACCAUGUUGUGAACAAAAAAAAAUUCCCGACGUGUGCCAGGAUAUGUGUGUCGGUGACUAUACACCAUUUACCGAUUACGUGCGAAGUCGAGUGUCUUGUGUUGCUCACACAUUGCCCGCAUUGAAGUGCAUUUUGGAAGGGGUACAAAAUAUCCCAAGUCCACCGCAAGCAAUUGAAGUUGAACCAUUGGAUGAGAAUUCGUUGCAAGUUAGUUGGUCACCACCAAAGUCGACCGCUAAACCGACGAGCUAUUCGAUAUAUUGCACCGUUUUACACACCUUUGAUGAAGCAUCUGUACCAAAUAUUACAAGUGAAGUGGCUGUUACUGUGUCAUCCGAUUUGGAUUCAGCUGUUAUACAUCAUUUAAAACCAAACACAAUGUAUUCGAUUACAAUGACUGCAAAUAAUAAUUAUGGAUCCAGUUUAUCUAGCGAUCGAGUUCGAUCGCUUACAUUGGACAAUGGCGUUGGUUCGAAAACUAGCGUGGCUGUUGUACCAGUUUUACCAGAUGUCCGAGGUUGCUGCAUUCGAAAUGGAAUGACUCAUCGUAAUUGUGUCGAUAAAAUGUGUGACCCAAAGAAAACCGAUUUCACGCAAAUUCCCGAUUUAAUGGUAUGCGCACCUUGGGCAAACAUCACAUUUUCAUGUUUGGCAAAUAAAAUCGAUCAUACGCCUUGUUGUAAAUCAAGAGGAAUUCCGGACACAUGCUUAUCAUUUUGUUCUGGAAAUGUAACAACUAUCACAUUUGCAUUGUUCCGAUGUCUACAAUAUAUGUCGGAAUAUAGUAGUUGUUUGCUACAAGGAUAUGGUGUGUUAGCCGGAACCCCAACGCGUGUAAAAGCUAGACUAAUUGCAUCACGAUUUGCAAUUAUCGAAUGGAAUGCGCCAAAACUUUUACCUGAAACGGUCACCAGUUAUAAUGUUCAUUUACGUAAAAUGGAUACAGAAGAAACGUUUACUAUAAUUGAAAAGGAUCAUGCACCAAUAAUCAUUGAAGACUUGGACGCCAACAGUUUCUACGAGGUAUAUGUUGUUGCAGUGAAUGCGCACGGACGUGGACCGCCUUCUUCUCGCCUCGUUUUUCAUACAAAACCUCAAAUUGAUUUUAGUGAAUCCACAUCAUCAUCAACGUAUAACAUAACCAAUUGCUGUAAAACAGCAUCAAUAUUACCUCAAUGCAUGCCAUUAUGUACAUAUGAUAUAAAGGUUUCUGAUCUACUACUCCUUGGACAAGCGUGCUCUCUGCAAAUGGGAGCUCUUGCAAAAUGCGCUGCUGGCGGUCGUGAUCAUACACCCUGCUGUUCACGUCGAGGUGUUGUGCCCAAAUGUUUGUCGUUGUGCCGCGGUUUGAUUCCGCAACCACAUGUGGAUUGCUUAGCUUAUGGUGGUAAUAUUAUUCAAUGUUUCGAAGAAGGAACUGAAAACAUUCCAGGACCGGUUGAAAAUUUCCAUGCAACACUUGUUACCAAAUCAUCCAUUUCACUGGAAUGGAUACCAAACGAAGAAGAUAAUAAUCACACAGUAAAUGCCCCAAAGAAAACCGUUGACAUUGACUAUAUUGUACAAUAUGGAAAAGUCAAUAAUAUGACUUUGUAUGAGACUGUCUCAAAAAUGGAAAAUGAAUUGAACACAACUGACAAUGACAUUGAACUAACCAAUCUCGAAAGUAAUGCACUGUAUCGUGUCACUGUUUUUGCUCGCAAUGCCCAUGGCAUGUCGCUUCCCUCAUCGAUGCUGUUAAUCAAUACAACCGAUAAUGUGAGAGACACUGAUUCGUCAAAUUAUGGUGUUCCCUCUCCACCGCAUUCGUUAUCAAUUUCAGCCCACAGUGCAACUUAUGUCACCAUCAAUUGGCAGCCACCCGAAUAUUCACAUCUACACGAAACAAUAACCUAUCAUGUUUAUCACAAGGCGACAGCAGAUAAUGAAACAUUUACCACAAUUGAAACGAGGCUGACAUAUGCACGAUUAGUCAAUUUGAAACCAAAUUCUCAGCAUAUCAUUUAUGUCGUUGCCAUUGGUCAAAAAGGAGAGAGUCUACCGUCCGAAACACUGGUUGCAUUCACAGAUCCAGCUUUGCCAGCUUUUGUCGAUCCGCCAGCAAUACAGCCUGACCUUGUUAAAGAAGGUGGUUCAAUGACAAUUUUCUGUUUGGCCUUGGGAAAUCCAGUACCAACAAUUUCACUCUACAUUGGUGGACAUCUUGUGCGACAGGAAGUUGGUCGUCACAUAGUGACAACCAUUCAAAAUGUUACCAAAGAUAUGGAACAUAUUCUAUGUUACGCAACAAAUGGAUAUGGUGUACCAACCCAGGCUGGAAAAAAGAUUAAAAUCAAUUUUGCGCCUAAAGUUCAACCAUCGGCCGUUACGUUAGCUUUGCUCGGCGAUCGUGUUGAGUUGAAGUGUGUUGUAAAAUCGAAACCACCACCAAAAGUAAUCUUUUGGCGAGAUCACGAGGGUCAUGAACCGAUUCCACUGGGAAGCAAUUAUGAAAUGACAACCGAUGCUAGUUCCGAUGAUCCAAGUACAAUGACCAUGACUCUAUCGAUUCUGCGACUAAGAAACGAAUUUGUUGGCGAUUAUUUCUGUCAUGCAGAAAAUGAGAUUGGAUCUGACACCCGAGCCGUAUCGGUUCGAAUUCGAAAUAUGCCGGCCGCUCAUAAUGUUUCUGAAUGUUGUAUUGCACAAAAUGUGUCAUCAGCCUGUAUGGAUGCAUGUAGUUUUUACAUUGAUAUCGAUGCCGUCAAAAAUAGACCGGAAUGUCUUGUUGAUUUCGAUAAAUUAAUGAAAUGUGCAGCUGAUGGUUCUGAUCAUCGUUCGUGCUGUGCAAACGGUGAUGUACCACGAUAUUGUUUGAAUUGGUGUCGAGGCGAAGCAUUGAAUUCAUUAAGAUAUGGUGUAUGUGUGUUGCAACACACAAAAACGAUUAUCGAUUGCUUUCAAUCGAAUCGUGAUCGUUUACCAAGUCCACCGUUGAAUUUAGCUGUGAUGAUUGUUUCAAAUUCAGAAGUUUUGAUCAAAUGGGAACCACCAAAAAAGAAUGCACACAUGGUUGAAGGAUAUCGCGUGUAUUGGCACGAAGUGGAACCAACCGACAACAAUCCAAUCAAUACGAUUAACGGAAUCGGUACCUAUCGCGUCGAUACCAAAGAUCUAAACAUUCGAAUUGGUGAUUUGAGACCGAAUAUUGUUUAUGAAUUGGUUGUCAAGGCUGGCAAUCAAUUUGGAUCAAGUGUAUUGACUGAUCCAAUCAAAUUUCAACUUGGACAGCAAUAUAUCACAUCAGCGUCUGGUUCUGGUUCGACUGGCGCUAUGCUCGGCAUUUUCGCUGGAAUGGUAGCAAUUGCAUUAGCCAUUGCAGCAGUUUUAUUAUAUAAGAAACGAAUAACAAUGAAAGCCACUGCUAAUGGAGGUGUUUCGUUUGAAAAUCCAAGCUAUUUGCGAGAGGUCAACAUGGAAAACGUUCAAAUUUCUUCGUUGUCAGGUGAUACAUUGAACUGGAGACCGGAAUCGUCUUCAGCGACAGGAACAAUAGGAACAACGACCAAUAGUCAAGUUAGUGAUCAAAAUCAAUCGUCGAGCAUACCGACUGCAACUGAAGUGAAUCCAUCAAUUUACGAUGAAUUGAAACUAGGUCAUAAAGGGGCUGGUUUUAAAAGAUUGGUUUCUUAAAUAACCGCUAUAUUACCACAUUAUUAAUUAUAUCGGAGUGAUGAAAUUUUGUAAUUAUAACAAAUUGUGUUUUCGUCCUGCAACACAUCGUUUUAUACAGCCGUGCUUUCCAACGUUUUAUUCGACCUUAGCGAAGAUAAAAAAAUAAAAUACAAACUAAAAAUAAAUGUUAAUGAAGAAAAAAAAACGAGAAAUAUUUGCCAUUUGCAAUAAUUUGUGCAACGCUCACAAAACAAUUUGAUGACCACGAUUCAUUCGAUUAAGAAUUUCUUUUCCAAAAGCAAUAAAUUGACUUUUCUCAAAUCAUAUAGCGAUUAAUGGCAGAAAAUGUAAAUACUUUUAUGAUAAAUAAGAAUUUGCGAGAAAAAUGAAAUGGAAUCUCUAGUCAAUUAAAUAAAUAUGCUUUUACAUUGUUCUGUAAAUGUAGCAGGUCUCACACCAAAAAGCACAAACAAACCCUAAUUGUGAAAAUGAAAAACUACGUUUAUUGUAUAGUAAAGAAAAGAGAUUUGGAAAGCGAAGCAAAUUCACCGUUUUAUAAAUAAUAAUACAAAUCCUGUACAGAGAGAACUUAAGGGAAAC